GUACGGCGACAUGCGCGCGCGGCCGUCCGUACGGCAAGAUGGCCGCGCCAGCCCGGGUGAAGCGGCCGAGCCGCCGCGGCCCCCGGGUCCUCUGCGGGGGGCGGUGCCACGGCUGGCGGCUGCGUCCCGUCAGGAACGCAGCGAGCCGCGACCUCGAGCCCCGCCGCGUGCCUGUCUCCGCCCCGGCCGCCGUGCCGCCGUACGCCGAGAUGGCAGCGCCCUCGGCGCUUCCGCCGCGCGGCGCUUGGACCCCGCGGCUUCCCGUCGCCGCGUCGCGCAGCGGCCCUUCGGAGCGACGCCGCGGUCAGUCGGCAGCCGGACGGGAAAGAUGGACGCAGCCACUCUGACCUACGACACUCUCCGGUUUGCUGAGUUUGAGGAUUUCCCUGAGACUUCAGAGCCUGUUUGGAUCUUGGGCAGAAAGUACAGCAUUUUCACAGAGAAGGACGAGAUCUUGUGUGAUGUGGCGUCCAGACUGUGGUUUACAUACAGGAGAAACUUCCCAGCCAUUGGGGGAACUGGCCCCACAUCAGACACAGGCUGGGGCUGCAUGCUGCGUUGUGGACAGAUGAUCUUUGCUCAGGCCCUGGUGUGCCGGCACUUAGGCCGAGAUUGGAGGUGGGCACAACGGAAGAGGCAGCCUGACAGCUACUUCAGCGUCCUCAGUGCUUUCCUCGACCGGAAGGACAGCUACUACUCCAUCCACCAGAUAGCGCAAAUGGGAGUUGGCGAAGGCAAGUCUAUAGGCCAGUGGUAUGGGCCGAACACUGUCGCCCAGGUGCUCAAGAAGCUUGCUGUGUUCGACACGUGGAGCUCAUUGGCUGUUCACAUAGCCAUGGACAACACUGUGGUGAUGGAGGAAAUCAGAAGGUUGUGCCGGGCCAGCCUUCCCUGCGCAGGGGCCACCGCAUUUCCUGCAGAUGCUGAACGUCACUGUAACGGGUUCCCUGUUGGAGCUGAGGUCACCCACAGGUCAUCACCCUGGAGACCCUUGGUACUUCUCAUCCCCCUGCGCCUGGGGCUCACAGACAUCAAUGAGGCCUACGUGGAGACGCUGAAGCACUGUUUCAUGAUGCCUCAGUCCCUGGGCGUUAUUGGAGGGAAGCCCAACAGCGCCCACUACUUCAUUGGCUACAUGGGUGAGGAGCUCAUCUAUCUGGACCCCCACACAACGCAGCCAGCAGUGGAGCUGACUGACAGCUGCUUCUUCCCUGAUGAGAGCUUCCACUGCCAGCACCCUCCCUGCAGGAUGGGCAUCGGGGAGCUUGACCCAUCCAUUGCUGUGGGGUUUUUCUGUAAGACUGAGGAUGACUUUAACGACUGGUGCCAGCAAGUCAAGAAGCUGUCACUGCUUGGAGGUGCCCUGCCCAUGUUUGAACUGGUGGAGCAGCAGCCUUCUCACCUGGCCUGCCCUGAUGUCCUGAACUUGUCCCUAGAUUCUUCUGACGUAGAGCGACUGGAAAGAUUCUUUGACUCAGAGGAUGAAGAUUUUGAAAUCUUGUCCCUCUGAAAAUCCCGACGCUGGGGGAAGGCCUCCAUGGCCCUUGCUGGGGCGCUUUGAGAACCUAGCCCUGCCUCGGGAGCUCGGUGCCACCGCAUUCCAUCCAUCCAGCCUGCCCCUGCCGAGUGCUGUGUGCUGGGCCACCUUCAUCCAGAGGCCGCCCACUUGCUUGAGGACUGAGGACUGCACUGCAGUGGAGGCCUUACCGCUUGGACUCAGACUGCCCAGCCCAGAACGUGCAUCAGGGCCCAUCCACCUGAGGAACCGCCCAGCAGAAAGCUCAGUGCAGCUGUUGGGAGCGCCCAGAGUUCUCUGCUUGACACUGCCAGCCCUGCGUCAGCACUUCGGCUUUGGUCCUGCUUUCUCCUGGGCACCCGGGUCUGUGGUUUGUUUGGAAUUAAAGCCCUGUUUGAAGUUGU